AUGAACUGUGUUUUGAGACGAUGGGCAGUUGUGUGUUUUUAUGCGAUUAAUGUCAGUUCAAUGGUGCAUUUCUUCAUUUCAGGGUCUCAGUGUACCUGGCACCAAUGGUUCACACGCCCAUUGGUACUUUUGGUCAGUUUCGUCACUCUCGGGCUGAUAACUUCCGAUUUUUUGACACCAUCAUUGUCAGUCAUAUCGAACGAGAUUCUUCAUGUGUCGGAUAGGGUUGCUGGCUUGACACUGUUGUCACUCGGAAACGAUAUUCCAGAGAUAACGACGACAUACCAGUCUAUGAGUUUGGGGGUACCGCUCCUGGCUCUGGGUGAGUUGUUAGGCGGGGUUCUUUUCCUCCUCACCGUGGUGAUUGGUCUUAUGGGGAUGAUUCACCCUAUCCAUUUCACAUUGUCCGGUUGUGAAGAGGAGGAAUCUAUUUUGAGAUAUCGUGGUCUCGCCUGUGACAGAGCCAACUACGUUCAUGACCUCAUCAUGUUCACAAUCAUGAUUCUAAUGUUUAUGGGGACAAUCCUUUGCAACGGAGCGUUGACGAGAAUGAACUGCUUGUUUUUCAUUGGUCUGUACCUGACGUAUAUGGCUUACUUGGUCUUAUACUACAAGGAUUGCAGUACUGUGGGGACCCACACUAGGGCAGCAGAGGCGACACCGACAGAUUCUGUCGCAGCCUUGCCAGUGACAGAUAAUAUAAUGAGGUUUGACGAGGGCGAACUGUCCAGACGUUUGCUCAUAAGAGACGGGAUACGAGAGUGUAUGCUUGCCAAUUAUCGUAACGGGUGGACCAAAAUGACAUUAGCCGGAUAUCUUGAUAUUUGGAGAAACGAACAACUGUUCGAGGAUGAUUAUGAAGGCGACGAGGAAAUGAGUCGACCCUCAUCUAAAUAUGGGGCCCUGCAAAGGUCCUCGUCUUUGCAAGAUGAGGGCACCACGGCAACGGGGGCGAUGCGGUUCCCAACAGCCGUAUCAAGACAGUCGAUCAGUUUUGAAAGGUUGCCCACAUUUGGUCCAUCAGGGGUCAUGAGCGAGGUAGUGAGUGUUCAGUCUGCCCCCAGGUUAUUCUCCCCGGUGACCACAGGUCCAUAUACGUCUCUUUCGUCUGUUGUCGGUUGUGUGGAGAGUAAGAGUACCGCGCGCAACGCGUAUUAUGUGCCUGAGAUGUUACGAUGCUUGUACGCUGUCUCUGAGAGCACAAGUUCAGCGUGGGAGUACUUGUUGAUAGUGAUCACUGCGCCCGUGUCUAUCGUGUUGGGUAUGUUGAUACCGUCCAGUGGUCAGGGAAGUCGGACCGGCACUUUUUUGACAGGUAUACAAGCAUGCGUAUCGCCGCUUGUCGCGUGGUGUCUCGUUAUUGAGAGUGUUGUGUUGAACUGGGGUGUUUGUUUGUUUAUGUUUGCCACGCUUUGCGUUUGUUUGGUGAAUCGCGGUGCGCCGUACCGAAUGGUGUGCGCUUACGAGUUUGCCACUUCGGUCAGUUUGAUCUCAGCGACGGUCCGUGCCGUUGUGGGGAUCCUUCGUCUGUGGUCCCGUGAAUUUAGUAUCCGGGAGAGUAUCCUUGGUGCAACGGUGUUUGCCUGGGGGGGUUCGAUCGGCGAUCUUGUAGCGAAUCUGACGUUCGUCAAGAUCGGUGUCGUUGAGAUCGCGUUGGGGGCUUGCUUUGGGAGCCCACUGUUGUCCCUGUUAUUUGGAGUCGGUGUAGACGGGCUUGUUCUGAUGGCACGGGAAAACUGGCAGCGCAUUGACAUCGCGGUGGAUGCGUCCCUGAAAGUGACAUCUCUUGGAGUUCUUUGCUCGCUGCUUGUGUUUCUCGUGGUGGUCCCGCUUAACGGGUGGGUUAUCGAUUGGAAAGUGAGUGCUGUACUGUUCACAGUUUACACUGGCGUCACUUGUGCGAACGUGUACCUUGGGUGUUUGUGA